AGUAGUAUGGAGAAUAUGCACACAAUGAUGUUAGGAUGUAAAAGUUUAAUGUCAGUUUUGCAGUUUUGUUUUAUCUGGUGCUUGUUUGUUGUCUGUUUUCUUGUCUGUUUGCCUUUUCGUUUAUUCUAGUCUUAAUUCCCUCAAGGAUUGAUGUACAAUAUGGGAGAUAACAUUUUCUUUGCAGUCCUACAGUUACCAUGUAUUUGACCCUUUUAUUCGUUUAAUACAGAAAAUCAAAGAAAAUAAACAUUUUAUUCGUUUUAUUGACCCAAGCACAGAUUACCUUGUUUACAUUAGUUCUCCACUCUUUCUUUUUUGUUUGAAUUACAUUUGCAAUAAGGUAAGCUUCAAAUAAAGGAAUAGUCUUCAAGAAUGGUGCUGAUACAAAAAAAAUGGUAAUUUUGUGAGCUUUCCUGUUUGGCUUUUAUUUGUAUUUCUUUUUUUUUCUUUUCAUUUUGUAAAAGUAGCUUUCAAAUUGACAAAAUUGACAAAGAACUAAUUAAUAUUUCUCAUAUGCAUUCAAAGGCUGGCAUACAGCAUCAAGCUGCAUUCCCUACUGAAUGCAAAAAAUUAAGAUCAUUAACAAUUUGGAUGAAAAAGUUCUCUUUAGCGAUACCAAAUGCAAAAGCAUAAGUGAAGCAUAUUCUAGAAAGCGAUAUAGUCAAAUACUUCCGCACGUAACUAAUUUUUUUGUACGUGAUGCGGGCCUAUUUCUUGCUUACACUUUCCAGCAAUGGCCUCCAUCCUCACUCUCAAUGACGAUUGCCUUUGCAGAAUUAUCUCCUUUUUGGACGAUCUUCCCUCCUUUCACAGCGUCGUUCUCUCCUGCAAAAGGGUUCAACAGGUGAUAAACAACACUCGAAGUAUUCUCCACCCAAGGUUGCUACGAGCAAAAGCCGAAUAUUACAUGAACCAACACCUAGUGGAAAUCACCGAUGGCAAGAAAAAUAACAAAAACUUCUCCAAAUUGAGGGAUUUCCUUUCCAAUGCUGCGCGCCUUUCAGCAGCUAAGGAACUCUUAACUUAUGCGAAAGUGGUAAAUGUUUGGGAGAGAAACGGACCUGUGGUAGCUAAACUGUUCACAUGGAUCAGAAAGCUGGAGAGUAGAACCGAAGAAGGCGAACCGCGAGCGACUUGUUUUAAAGAAUAUAGAAGUGUCACGUUGCAUUUGCCAGUCUGUGAUAAGGACUUGAAGAUCGAUACCACCUACUUCCGUGAUUACAUCGGUAAUUACGACAUCGAGUUGAGCAUCCGCGUAACUUGUGGAGACUUGGAUGUAAAGUCAAAAGGUUUCACGCACUAUUGCCCAGAUGAUUAUCAGUAUUGGGCAGAAAAAGAAGUUCAUGCAGCAAUUAAACCAAUGAAACCAGUGGUGGAACUCCUACAGAAAGAGCUUGGUGACACAGUUCCUCCACUAACAGACCUAUUCUUUAUCUGGCUGUGUUAUUUCUUUCCACAUGAGGAGAACUUAGCAGUAGAGCACAAACUCCUUUUCAAAGACCCAUCCAGGAAUGAAAAGCCCACCCCAGGCCAUGUUCAGCCGGCCAUAGCUAUGUUUCACCAGUACCUUCAACCUGAAGCCAAGUUGAAAAACCUGGUGUCUGAAUGGAAUAAUCCUCAAUCAAACCUCCCUUGUCUCUUUGCCGAAACUAUGGCUGUCUUAAUCCAGAGAUCAGAGAUAAAAUUCCUUGAAAAGCUUCAAAAGGAUGCUAAUGGCUUUUAUGAGAUUGUCUCAGUCCUCAAGCGCACGCCCAGCUUGCCCAAACCACUGGUGCUGGACUUACUAGCACGAACAACUCUUGAAUUUAAUGACUACAACCCUGGUUCAGUUGCAGACAAGUUUGUAGAGAGCAGAGCUUCAUUCAGGGUUUCAGAAGGUAAAGUCGUGAAAGCUUGGGGUGGCAUGCAUGGGGAUGGGGCAAGCUAUCCAACUUGGGAUGAAUUGGAGCUUAAAGUCACCCUACCGGAUGGCAAAGAAUUGAAGCUGGAUACAGACUGCAGUUACAGGAGGAAACCUCUUCAAAUUGAAAAGUUGAGUCCAGUUACUGAGCUAUUUCAGCAAGGUGUGAUUAAAUGCAUGGAAGGAGAGAAGCACAUCCCAAAGUUAUGUGACCGCUUUACAGCUUGUUAUCUGUUGCAUGCCCUGAGCUUUGGUGGAGAAGAAGAAACAUUUCUAGGAAGUGAUGAUGAUUUAAAUCUGAGCCCUACACAGUUUAGUGAGCAAGUAUCAUCUGAUGAGAGUGAAGAGGAGCAGAAUGUUGAACAAUAAACUUUCCACUUAGUUUAUAGCUUUAAAUAGUAUUUCUUUUUCCUUUUAAAGGGAAGGACUUGAACUAGUCAAUUGACAUACACAUGGCAAUACAUAGUUCAGCUGCUGGAAAGAAUAUUAAUGUAAUAGUCUAGCAGAAGGUAAGCAGAAAUCUUUUGUGAUGCGUAAAUCAAAGUUGUGUCUCUCAAUGGCAGUUAGAACAGAUUUCAGUACAUAUUAAUUAUAUUUAUAAAUGCAAUAUGUGAUCAUUAUGAAAUCUAAAAUUGUUUUGGAAUUAAUGCAGAAAAUGGUUGGGUCCAUUUGGUUAAGACUGGUUCAAUUGUUAUAUUUAUCAGAAUAGUAUUUAUAGUCUGUUAUAGAUAGGAUCACAUAACUCAAAAUUAGCUGUAACACUCUUCAAAUUUAUUGUACAUACAAUAAACAGUACUUCACAUAU